AAGUAGUAGAUCACAGAUCAUUGUUUCUCCUUCAGGCAAAACUGGGGGAUCCGGAGAGAAAUGGAGCGCUCAUGGCUGUGGAGCCUUUUUCUAAUACUGAAAGUUUAUGAUUUGUGCCUGGUUGGUGCAGCAGGUGAAAGGUGGAGGAAACUUCGAGACAGAGUUUCCAAAGCUGUUGAGGAGCACACACCCUGCGUUGCAGACAACUGUAGCUGCCACCUCAGCGUCCUUCAGGAUGACUUGCAGCCCUUUGAGCGAGGUGUGUCUGAAGAGCUCAUGGCAGCUACUGUUCAGCGAGGGGUGGGCACCCACUAUCAGAUCAUUGGACACAAGCUGUACAGAGAGCACAACUGCAUGUUCCCAGCCAGGUGCAGUGGGGUGGAGCACUUCAUCCUGGAGGUGAUUGACAGGUUGCCAGACCUGGAGAUGGUCGUAAACGUCAGAGAUUACCCUCAGGUCCCCGACUGGGUGCAGCCGAUCUUACCUGUCUUCUCUUUCAGUAAGACGGCUGACUACCAGGACAUCAUGUAUCCUGCAUGGACGUUCUGGGAGGGAGGACCGGCUGUGUGGCCCAUAUAUCCCACUGGACUGGGAAGAUGGGACCUGAUGCGGGACGACCUGAAAAAGGCUGCAGCACAGUGGCCGUGGAAAAAGAAAGAGCCCAAAGGAUUCUUCAGAGGGUCCAGGACCAGUCCGGAGCGUGACCCUCUGGUCCUGCUGUCCCGAGAAAACCCAGAGCUGGUGGACGCAGAAUACACAAAGAACCAGGCCUGGAAGUCUGAGAGGGACACCCUGGGGAGACCACCAGCCAAGGAAAUCCCACUAGUGGAUCACUGCAAAUACAAAUACCUGUUCAACUUCCGCGGCGUUGCAGCCAGUUUCCGCCUCAAGCACCUGUUCCUGUGCGGCUCGCUGGUGUUCCAUGUCGGGGAGGAGUGGCUGGAGUUUUUCUACCCCCAGCUGAAGCCGUGGGUCCACUACAUCCCGGUCAAACAGGACCUGUCCGACGUCAGGGAGCUGCUACAGUUUGUCAAAGAAAAUGACGCCAUUGCACAGGAAAUUGCCUCAAGGGGCCAGAAAUUCAUCGUGGAACACUUACGCAUGGAGGACGUCUCCUGCUACUGGGAGAGGCUUCUUACCGAGUUCAGCCGGCUGCUCAAGUACAAGCCCAAAAGAAAAAGCAACUACAACCAGAUCACGCACAGACCCAGUCGGACGGAGCUAUAACUGAGCCUCUGCAGCCGCAGCCUCGAUAGUGAAUGUAGUCGCCGCACCCCGACUGUCUCAAAACGAGCGGCUCCGAAGUUCAAGAGCCAAGUUGUGUUUUCAUGCCGACAUCCCGUCUCGCUGAAAUCACAUCACACAUUUUUGUAGCUAAUUUGAGCACUAAAGUAGUUCUUUUUUUUUUUUUUUUUUUUUUUUUUUUUUAAGUCUUACGUGAAGAAAUGUUUUUGUGAUUAUUACAGGGCUCAUGUUCUCCAGGGAGUAAUAGCUAUGGGACAAAAACCUGCUCUCUCUGAGGGCGCUCCCACGUCCUCCGUCACUUCCACUGCUCUCCAGAUCGAGACUGUGUUUAAUGCAAAUCACUGAUCAUUUGCACAGUAAUUCAAAAAGCAAUACUUCAAGUUUUGAUGUUUGCUGUGCACACUCAGCCAGCAGAGCAAUAUCCAUGUGAGCUGUGUGUUUGUACAAAAAAAAAAAAAAAAAACAUUCUGGGGAGUGGCAAAUGAAGUACUUAUGGAAGUGAAACACCUGCUCAUUUCUGGGGAGAUUUAUCUGGUGUCCAUUGCUCAUACUGUAAAGAAAUACAGCAACUACAUUUUCCUGUGAUACAAAUCCCACUGGAACAGGAUUUUAGGCAAAAUUUCAUAAACCAAUCGGGUCAUUUAGAGAAAUCCUCAAGGAAGCAAAAUGUGGAUUUUCAGGGUUUUGUUUCCAACCUGUAUUUUUUUAUGGUAAGGGCAAUUUGGAGCUCAAUUUAAAUUUGAAUUAAUACUCGAUCCAGAGUAAUUUACAAUAAGCAAGUGUGUAGGGAUUCAGUGCCUUGCUCAAGGACAGUUUAACUGAUUGUUGUUGGGUCAAAUUUAGCUUUUGAGCCUGUCGAUGGAAAUCUAAAAAAAAGUCGAUUGGCAUUGAAAACUUUGCUGAAAAUUAAAAAGCGGUCAUCUGGACCACAUGUUAGAAAUUUGAUUAUCAGGGUUUUUUCUACAUCGCUGAAGGAGAAAUAAGGAGAAGUAAUGUUUGGAAGCAUUGUUAAGUUUUGGAGAAAGUGUCCCAGAACUCUGUAAGCUGGCCAUAUUUUUCAUUUUGGUCACUCCACUGUUGUGAUGACUUGAAUUUUAUGUUGAUGGAUGGUUAAACUCGGCACAAAGCUCACAGAGGACAUUAAUGUUGCUACACUGCCCUCUAGUGAGCAAGUAGAAAAACUCUAGAAGAUGUGUCCUGUUCCUUUGCCCACAGCUGAGGGUUGAACACACGAUGAAACACACAACCUGUCUGUAUGAUUUACCUGUUUAGUGCAAACGAUGCAACACUAAUGUCAAUGUCUGUAUUUGGGUCUACUCUGUCACACGAUGUAAAACUUAGAAACACAACGCAAUAAUCACUUUUCUACUCACGCCACACAAAGUGCCAACAGCAAGCAAUAUUAAAGACUAAACACUUU